UUAACCCUAAAAAAUCAGAUUCACACAUUCACCCUCUAAUAAUUUCAAAAAAUUAACUAAAAUCACCCAUGCAAAAUCGAUACCACAUUUAUACAUCAAUGUUCAAUCUAAUCUACCAAUCAAUGUUUACACAAAUACACAGUUAGCAGCAACAUCAUCAAUUUAACCCUUUUUAUUCAUCAGUAUUUAACAUUUUUGCAAAUUUAAUUCCUUUUGCGCUUCUCUUAAUAACUGUAUUCAAGAUUUAAAAUUGAAGCUAAAAAAUUCAAAAAGAAUGAGUAUAGUUCCCAAGGAAGCAAUUGAAGUAGUUGCGCAGAGCAUUGGAAUCACCAAUUUAUCUGCAGAUGUUGCCUUAGCUCUUGCACCUGAUGUUGAGUACAGAGUUCGUGAGAUUAUGCAGGAAGCUAUUAAAUGUAUGCGCCAUUCUAGAAGAACUACUCUCACUGCUGAAGAUGUUGAUAGUGCUCUUAGUUUGAGAAAUGUUGAGCCGGUUUAUGGAUUUGCAUCUGGAGAUGCGUUGAGGUUUAAGAGAGCGGCUGGACAUAAAGAUUUAUACUACAUUGAUGACAAGGAUGUUGAGUUUAAAGAUGUCGUGGAAACUCCUUUACCAAAGGCGCCUCUUGAUACAUCUGUUUCAGUUCACUGGCUGGCAAUAGAAGGUGUUCAGCCUGCAAUUCCAGAAAAUGCUCCUGUUGAAGCAAUAGCAGUCCCCAGUGAUGGUAAAAAGCCUGAAUAUAAGGAGGAUAGUCUUCCUGUUGAUGUUAAAUUACCUGUCAAGCAUGUAUUGUCCAGGGAACUUCAGUUGUACUUUGACAAAAUUACAGAGCUUACAAUGAGAAAGCCUGAUUCUAUCCUCUUCAAACAAGCUUUAGUUAGCUUGGCAACAGACUCUGGUCUCCAUCCUUUAGUUCCUUAUUUCACAUACUCAAUUGCUGAUGAGGUUACAAGGAAUUUGAAUAAUUUUUCAGUCCUGUUUGCUUUGAUGCGUGUUGCCCGAAGCCUUCUUCAGAACCCCCACUUACACGUAGAACCCUAUCUACACCAACUAAUGCCAUCUCUCGUUACUUGCGUGGUCGCGAAAAGGUUGGGGAAUAGACUGUCUGACAAUCAUUGGGAGCUAAGAGACUUCUCAGCAAACCUGGUUGCUUUAAUAUGCAAAAGAUUUGGGCAUAUUUACCACAAUCUUCAGCCACGUGUCACUAGGACUCUACUUCAUGCAUUCUUGGAUCCUUCAAAAUCAUUCCCUCAACAUUAUGGUGCAGUAAAAGGAUUGGCAGCUUUGGGAUCCAAUGUGGUUCGUCUUCUUAUCCUGCCGAAUCUAGAGCCAUAUCUGCUGCUUCUUGAACCAGAAAUGCUUCUUGAGAAGCAAAAGAAUGAGAUGAAGAGACAUGAAGCUUGGCGUGUUUAUGGAGCCUUGAUACUUGCAGCUGGUCUAUGCAUGCAUGAUCGGAUCAAGAGGUUACCCGGUAUACUCAUGCCACCGACACAUGAUGUCUGGAAGAGCAAGGGAAGAGCUGGGAUUAAAAUGCCAAAUAAAAGAAAAGCAAGCACAGACAAUCUAAUGCAGCAACCACCACUCAAAAAACUAGCAACUGACGGUCCAAUUGGUGUAAUCCCAAUGAACUCGAUGCACGUCGAUAUGCAAGGGGCAACCGGUAAAUAUCAAACAGCUGUGGGGGCUUCUGGCAUGAACAUAUCAUCAAUGUCUCGACAGUUAUCUAGCGAGAACAUGUCCGGAAGGGAUAUGGGUCAAGGAGUGUCGAAACGAUCAGCUGGUCUUGCGCAGGCUUGGAAAGAGGACAUGGAUGCAGGACUAUUGUUGGCAUCUUUAAACGAACUAUUCGGCGAAAGUAUGCUCUGCUUCACUCCCAAGCCUGAGUUGUCUUUUUUCUUGUAAUUAGUUCAGACUAACAAUUUUUGUUAUGAUAUCUUUGUAUAUUAUUUGCUAAAUUGUUUUCUCAUUAUUUUAGAAUAGUCUGUAGUAUAUCGUAAAGAAAGGUGUACAAUGGAUUCGAAGAUAGUAUAACAAUCUUGAGUUACAACUCCAUUAAGACUGCUAUAUUAAUAUCAUGCCUUCCUCAAAUUUUAGUA